CAAGUGUAUAUAAUAACACGAGUGCACGAGGGGAGUGGGCUGUCAGUACGUUGCCGAGGGCGCCGAAGGAGGGUCUUUCUCAUCGAGUUCUGAUCCAUCAUGUGUGACGACGACUCAACUGCGCUUGUCUGUGACAAUGGCUCCGGCCUCUGCAAGGCCGGCUUCGCCGGAGACGACGCCCCUCGUGCCGUCUUCCCCUCCAUCGUCGGCCGCCCCCGUCACCAGGGUGUGAUGGUCGGCAUGGGUCAGAAGGACGCCUACGUCGGCGAUGAGGCCCAGAGCAAGAGAGGAAUCUUGACUCUCAAGUACCCCAUUGAGCACGGUAUCAUCACCAACUGGGACGACAUGGAGAAGAUCUGGCAUCACACUUUCUACAACGAACUUCGUGUUGCUCCUGAGGAAUCUCCCGUCCUCCUCACUGAGGCUCCCCUCAACCCCAAGGCCAACCGUGAGAAGAUGACCCAGAUCAUGUUCGAGACCUUCAGCUGCCCCGCCAUGUACGUGGCCAUCCAGGCCGUGCUGUCCCUCUACGCCUCUGGUCGUACCACUGGUAUCGUCCUCGACUCUGGUGACGGUGUGUCCCACACUGUCCCCAUCUACGAAGGUUAUGCUCUUCCUCACGCCAUCAUGCGUCUCGACUUGGCCGGCCGUGACUUGACUGACUACCUCAUGAAGAUCAUGACUGAACGUGGCUACUCCUUCACCACCACCGCUGAACGUGAAAUCGUUCGUGACGUUAAGGAGAAGCUUUGCUAUGUCGCCCUCGACUUCGAGAACGAGAUGGCUCAGGCCGCUGCAUCAACCUCCCUGGACAAGUCCUAUGAACUUCCUGACGGUCAGGUCAUCACAAUUGGUAAUGAACGUUUCCGAUGCCCUGAGGCACUGUUCCAGCCUUCCUUCCUUGGUAUGGAAUCUUCUGGCGUUCAUGAAACCGUCUACCACUCCAUCAUGAAGUGCGACGUCGACAUCAGAAAGGACCUGUACGCCAACACCGUCAUGUCUGGAGGCACCACCAUGUACCCUGGUAUCGCUGACCGCAUGCAGAAGGAAAUCACAACCCUGGCUCCUUCCACCAUCAAGAUCAAGAUCAUUGCUCCUCCCGAGCGUAAAUACUCCGUGUGGAUCGGCGGUUCCAUCCUGGCCUCCCUGUCCACCUUCCAGGCCAUGUGGAUCACCAAGGAGGAGUACGAGGAGUCUGGCCCCGGAAUCGUCCACCGCAAGUGCUUCUAGGUCCACCCAAGAAGAGAAAAAUGCGCUCCAGAAUAUUCGUCCAUUCGAUCACACGAAUCACUCUCAUUGCCUUCUUAUGUUCAUUGGGUUUAAGUAAAUUGAUAUUCUUUAAUAUCUAUGAUUUAGGUCAUCUGCUUUGAUUUUCAUAAUUUAUCACGUGAUCACCAAGAAUUACAAAACUGUAUACUUUAAACACCUUGGGUGUGAUGGAGAGAUCAGAUAUAUCUAGUACCUGGUGUUUUUUGUUCCUCAGGGAUGGUCUUAAUAAAAUGCAAUAAAGUUUAUACUACCAUUAUCACCACGACUGUAUAAACCUUUGGCAAAUAAAGAAAGCAACUUCUAA